AUCAUGAAUUCAUCAAGUGGAAAUAAUUUUCAGACGAAGCAAGAAUCCAAUGAUAGUAAAUUGAGCUCAAAGACGACUAGUGCACCAUCAAGUUCAAGGCAAUGGGGAGUUAAUAAAAACCCAAGAAUAGUACGCGUAUCGCGUACUUUUGGAGGGAAAGAUAGGCAUAGUAAGGUGUGCACGAUAAGGGGGCUUAGAGAUCGAAGAAUUAGACUUUCAGUUCCAACUGCAAUUCAAUUGUAUGAUCUUCAAGACAGGCUUGGCCUGAGCCAACCUAGUAAAGUUGUAGAUUGGCUACUAGAAGCAACUAAACUUGAUAUCGAUACUCUUCCACCACUUCCUGUACCACCUGAAUACUUCACUAGGUUUCAACAACCACCCCAUGAGGAGUACUCUGAUCUCCAACAAGUUCGUUCUCAAUGGUUCAACGCGAAUAGUGCACCUUAUUUGGAUCAUGGAAAAAACAAGUCAAUUGCUUCAAAUCAUCAUGAGGAAUCAAAUCAAGAGGAUAAUCAUGUCUUUACAUUAGGCAAUCAUCGAUCAUCUAAUUUACCAGCCAUGCCUUUCAAUUCUUAUAACUAUCAAUGGGAUGAUCAGCCUAAUUCGAAUUUGUCUUUAGGUCAUUUUGGACACAAUAAUUCAUUCUCAUCCCAAAUAGAUGAUGAUCAUCAAUCUCAUCAAAAUACUAGUUUCCCUCUAUCAUUGGGAUCAUCAUCUUCGCCUUUUCCUUCCAGUUCUCAAUUGUAUUUCAAUCCAAUAACAACAACAUUUCAACCUAUAGUUCCAUCUCCUAAUUAUAUGACAAAUCAUCAUCCCAUUGAUCCCAGGGCUAAUAUGAACCAUUUCAAUUUCUUAAGCUCAAAUACUUCACACAAUAAUCCACUUGUGAUGCCAACUCUUAAUUUGAUCAGUUCCCAAAUAAAACCCUUUAGUCUCAAUGAUGAUCCUAGAUGGAUGAGUUCAAGAGAUGAUGAUGAUGACGAUGAUGAUGAUGAUGAUGAUGAUGAUAACCAACCACAUGAAGGUCGCGCAAUUUAAUUCUAAAUCAAGUGAAGGAAAUGAAUCUUCGUCUUUACUUCAAAUAUUUUGAAUUAAAGUUGUUGUCCUGGAUUAUUCAUGAGCAAACAUAAUCAUGCUACAUUAUUCCUUCUUCACAGGUACAACAAAUAAUUAAAGUG